AUGUCUGAAAAAUACCAACAAUUGAUGAAACUAAUCGUUGUCGGAGAUAGCGGAACAGGAAAAUCAUCUCUUCUUCAUAGGUUUGUUGAAGAUACGUUUUCAGAGGAUCAGGCGCAGACGAUUGGUGUUGAGUUUGGUUCUAAAAUUGUUCAACUUGCCGGACGCAAAGUAAAGUUGCAAAUUUGGGAUACAGCUGGGCGGGAGAGGUAUAAGUCUGUUACGAGAAGCUACUACAGAGGCGCUGUUGGUUGUCUUAUUGUCUAUGACAUUACGCAGCGUUCCUCAUAUGAAAGUGUUCCGCAAUGGUUAAAUGAUGUUCGACAACUUGCUGGAAAAGAUGUUGUAGUGAUGCUUAUAGGUAACAAAAGUGAUCUCUCUGAAAAUCGAGCUAUUCAACAUAAUGAAGCGUCUUUAUAUGCAUUAGAGAAUGGUCUUCUUCACUUUGAGACAUCUGCUGCAACAGGUGAGUUUGUGAGUGAAGCGUUCUUAAAGGUCGCUAAAACAGGUCUAAGUGUUACUACUGAGAAUACGGAUAUGGAGGAAGAUAGUACAGUUGAACUUUCUAGUGAAGGAAUCUCAAGAGGAACCUAUUUAUGUGGUUGCUGA